AUGCAGAACUUCAACAGGGCAGCCGAAGGACAGUUUCUGUUUCAGCACGAACUAGUAAAACAACAUGUGCAAAACCUCAUAUCACAAUGGUGCGCAUUGCUCAAUAAAAACCAGCCCGUUGCCGUGUUCCUGGCCUUAGAGAUUUGCAAGAGUUUACAAAAGGAUAAAAGUUAUGCCCUGUUGGAAAUGUUUCUAAACGCCUUGCCCGAAAAUGAAAUUUAUGGCGAAAACGAAGAAAUUGUCCGAGCUAAAAUUUCCAUCGCAUACGAGACAAAGAACUUUCAACUUGUUUAUGAAUUGAUUGAGGUAGGUUAGACUUCUUCGUCUUUAUAAUAAUGAUGUACAACAGUCAGGUUAAUUCUUUAUCUAUAGACCACUAUUUAAUUUAGGAAAUUUAAUUUACAAGUUGAAAUGUUAUGAAAUUAACAAUAUUUCAUUGGCAUGUUUCCCUAGAGAGGUUUCAAAUGACUUGCUGUAAAAAACGACGCAUCUUAUGAGUUCAUUGGCGAAAAUAAACAUUGUCUAAGCCGAGAAAUCAAAGCUAAAGUUUAUGUAAAAUGAUUAGUUUAUCACAUAUAAAACCACCAACACGGCAGUGUUUUAUCCGAGGCGAAGCCGAGUACCUUUAGGUCUGAUAAAACACGCACUGCGAAUGUUUUAAAUUGCUUCAAAAACGAUCAAUCUAGUAAGUUCAUUGACGAAGUAAUUUUCAAAAAAUACGUUGUGUAAGUCGAGAAAAUCAAAGUUAAAGUUUAUGAAAAUCAAGGGAAAUCUCUAUCACAUAUAAAGAUACGACAGGCUUAUGAUUUUUCUUUGUGUUUUCCUCAUGAAUUAUUACAUGUAAUUAGUUUUUUAAAGCUAAGUAGCUAAUUCAAUUAAAAUUUAAUGCACAAAUCGCCGUCCUAGUUUCGAACAGUUAACCUCAAAAUGCUUUUUUAAAGUUUGCUGUCUGCCCUGUUAAGCGCCAGUCUGUAACUCGUCAUAAAUCUAUUUUAUGCACCCGCAGAAAAAUCAAUUUCAAAACGGAGACGACUUGGUCCAAACUUGGGACAACGCACAUUAUGGUGAAGAAUUUGAACGAACUAAAAAACCGCUAUCUGCUUUGAACCGUUUCAGAAUUAGAGAGAGGUAAGGCUUUCCCGCAGCCUAGUGACGGGAAGAGAGGACCAGCAGAAUUCGACAAAUCUUUGAACCAUUUUUGCCCAGCUUCUAUACUUAUUUACAUCGAUGUUUUUGUAAUUUGUAUAACAUUAUGCCCGCGCGCAAAUGCACAUAUAUGCACUUUGUAAGAAUUGCAAGCGCGCAUUUAGUCAAUAAUUUUAUAUACAUCCCGCGCGAAUUUUGCAAAAGAAUGCAGUGUGGCCCACUGGUCUGGCCUCAGUAGAACGAGUGUUAAAAAUUUUAUAGGUUUCUACCACCGGAAACCAUCUGUCCUGGACGCGAAAGAAGGAAAGCAAGUUUGGGAGAGUCUUCAAGACAUGUUCUACAGCAAUGGUUGGAUGAACACAGAAACAAUCCUUAUCCUUCGAAAGAAACUAAAGAAUAUUUGUCAAAAGAGGCAAACGUUACCCCUGAACAGGUAUCAGAAUGUCAAAUGAAGAUUUGGAAAUGAGUGAAGUGGUACUUAGUCUCUAGGUUGUGCGCGGCCUUGUUGAAAAAUUUUUGCAUUCGUUCAGGCAAACAAGUUUUCUUUGCCAAUUACAGUGAAAAUACAAAAAGUGUCCCACUUCCGCUUCUGUAGUUUGUUGUGAUUUACUGUAAUUUGUUGUUUUUCUGUAGCGAUUACCGAUUUAUCGGCAAAUACUGCGAUAAAAUUUAAAUUUCGUUCCUUUUAUGCAAUGAAACUAACGAAAAAUGUAUUAUUUCCCUUUGCUACAAAUGAUCAUAUUUAAAAAUAGAAAAAACUAAGUUUUUUCGCGGUAUUUGCCGAUAAAUCGGUAAUCGCUACAGAAAAACAGAACAAAUUACAGUAAAUCACAACAAACUACAGAAGCGGAAGUGGGACACUUUUUGUAUUUUCACUGUAAGUUUUGUUUGCUCGUACCAUGGAUAAAAUAAAUCCUAUCCAUUUAUUUUAUUAUCCAUGCUCGUGCAGUGUACGGCAAAAAAUUGACAAUUUUUUCUUGCCAAAGAAUAUUUUGUUCGUGUGUACGACCGCCAACUUGACAAGACUGACAAGUGUACAAAAAAUACUUCUGUGGUUUUGGCGAAAAAAAAGCGGUCUCUCCGUGCACACGAGAAGACAAACUUGUCAAGGAAAACUUGUUGAUUGUACACACGAGAAGUUGUUCCCAGUUGUUGUAACAAGUUUGGAACAAGCUGUUAACAACUUCUAACAAGCUUAAUGGCAUUAUCAGACUUAUUACAAGGUUGUUCUAACAAGUCUGAUACAAUCACGAUAUAGCAAGAAUGCUACAAAGUUGACGACACAAAGUUGGAACAAUAUUGUUAUAUCAUGACUGCAGCGGACUUGUUGGAACAACCUUGCAACAAGUCUGAUAUCAACAACUUGGUACAAGUUGUUAACUGCUUGUUCCAAUCUUGUUAACAACUUGGGACAAGCAGUGCGAACCAAUUUGUUCAUGGCUUAUUAGCAGGCUUGCUACAAGAUGUGAGAUUUUUAUGCGUGUAACAUGGCGCCUUCUCAGAGGUAUAGAGGUACACAUGUAAAAACGCACAAGUUGUUACAGGUCUGCAAACAAGUUGUUACAAAUAUGUUCACAAACUGUGAACAAGUUGGCUUCGCACUGCUUGUCCCAAGUUGGCAACAAGUUUGGAACAAGCUGUUAACAACUUGUAACAACCUUGUUGAUAUUAUCAGGCUUUAGCUUGUUACAAGGUUGUUCCAACAAGUCCGAUACAGUUAUGAUAUAACAGUAUUGUUACAACCUUGUGUCGUCAACCUUGUAACAUUCAUGUUUAUCAUGACUGUAUCAGACUUGUCAGAACAACCUUGUAACAUUCUCGUUAUAUCAGGACUGUAUCAGACUUGUCAGAACAACCUUGUAACGAUAAGGCCAUGCAUCAAGCUUGUUACAAGUUGUUAACAGCUUAAUUGUUCCAAACUUGUUACAACAACUGGGAACAAGCAGUGCGAACACAACUUGUCGACAGCGUGUGAACAGAUUUGUAACAACUUGUUUGCAGACCUGUGACAACUUGUGCGUUUUGACGCGUGUAGCGCGCUAACUCGUGAUUGCCACGUUUGUUUUUUUUUCUUGAACUCUCCCAGGUGAAAACUUGGUUUGCCAACGCAAGACGACGUCUUGCUCGCAUGCAAGGUAAGGAAAACAGACGUGUAUCUUGGCAAAGAUACUCGAGGAAAAGAGUAAAAGAAAAAUGUCAUAAGCAUACAGGCUCCAGUACAUCUCUAGAAGAAGAUGACAACUGCAAGGUAAGGUGGAGUCAAUGAAGUGCUACCCGAAACUCUGUCUCAAUUUGCGAAAAGGAAAGUGUAGCUUUUACAUUUUAAUUAUUUGAGGUAUGCACGUAAAAAUCUCACAACUUGUCAACAAGAUGUGUUCGCAACAGGCUUGUAGCAAGCUUGUCAACAAUUUGUAACAAUGCUGUUAUUUCAUCAAGUUGCUACAAGGUUGUCACUCACAACUUGUUGACAAAUUGAUGAAUUGCAGGACGAAACAAGUUGUUGGAAGAACCUGUAACAAGUCUGUUGAGCUCAACAACCUUGUAGCAAGUUGUGAACAAGACGCUGACAAGUUGUCAACAAGCUGGGAACAAGCAGUGCGAACACAUCCUGUUGACAAGUUGUUGGAACAGCAUUGCUACAAGUCUGCUGCAGGUUUGUUACAACUUGUGCGUUUUUACGUAUGUAUUUGUUUUUAGAUUAUUGAACCAAAAGCAUUUGGACAGAAAGAGGAUGCAAUUCCUCUACAUGGUGAAGACAGCGACUUGAUGAGCGACAUGACAGUCAGUAUGUCGGACAAUGCUGGAAUAACGUCAAGACCUUCUCUACCUCCGAUCUCCUCUUUCACAUCACCGUGUGGUUUUGAAGGAAUCCAUAAAAGGUAAUCAAGGUUGGCUUCUAAACUGUUCUUCCUAGAGAUCCAGUAAGGUACAUACUUUAUUGUUCAGUGUUACUACAGCUGGAAACCUAAACUAACUUUAUUUAUACUGGAUAGCUCUAUCAGUUCUAAACUGUUCUCCCUAGAGAUCCAGUAAGAAUCAUUUCUUAUUGAUCCAGUGUUACUACAGGAGGAAACCUAAACUAAACUAACAUUUAUACUGGAUAGCUCUAUCAGUUCUAAACUGUUCUCCCUAGAGAUCCAGUAAGGUACAUACUUUAUUGUCCAGUGUUACUACAAGAGGAAACCUAAAGUAAUGGCUAGCUGAAUUUACUGAAAGAUAUAUAUAUCCUAUAUAUAGCAGUUCGACAAAAGUCAUCCCUUCAUUGAUCUAGCAUUAUCACAGGAGGAAAUUGGAUCACGUGAACAAUGUUUGCGGAGUUUGGUAGAGUCAAACUGGAAGCAUUCUUCUCCUUCGAAAAAUGUAAAAAUUGCAACCAGUAGGAAACAUAUUUGGAAACUGGUUAAAAAAUUGUUUUAUUUUAAAAACACAUUAACAAAAUUUUAAAAUAAAACAAUUUUUAACCAGUUUCAACCUUCCAAACUUUACUUUUAACUUCCAAAUAUUCUUAUCCUUUUCUUCUUCUUCUUUUGGAUCCGGAAUCGAAUCCCAGACUCAAAAGUGAAAGAAACUCUAUUGUGAUUCAGAAAAGCUGAAAAUUUUCAACUUUAAUUGUAUUUUCAGACUGGUAUGUCCACUUACCAAUGCAACCGACAAAUCACAGGAUAUGAGAAGUUUACCAGACAACAUUCCUCCAUUGGAAUUGGUAGAGCCGCCAGCCGUUGUCAAUCCAAGUCUACACGCGCCAACACCUUUAACGUAUUACUACGAUUAUUAUUCGUCUUUUCCCUUCCAAGUUCCGUGUUGUGCGAUUUGUAACUCGUGUUUUUAUCAAUUAAAUUCUUCGUUCGACUGUCAAGAUGCCCAUUUGAUCACGUCAGAGAAAACAUGGCCGACCAACACGCUUCCGUGUGGAUCUCCUGCGAAUCUACAGCGCUCUCGUGCAGCUUCGGCGUUAUUGGAUUUGUCUUCAGUACCGAGAAUGCCCGGAAUUUAAACCAAGAAAUGUACCGAAAAUAACACGAAAUUUAAUGUUUAUGACAAAUCUGUUUCAACCAUUGUAAAUCGUUUUGUUGUGUUGCGUAGAAAAAGUG